CUCGGCCGAUAAUAUUCAUUGUCAGAAACCACUACUGCGCCUAGCACUUGACAAGUAGGCGAUCCACCCUAGCAGCGCUGUAGGAGGCGCCCAAUAUGUCAAGGCAGCUAUACAGCAGCAUCCAGAACAGCCUAGACAAACGCUUCGGAGGCAACCCCUUCACUUUCUUUGACCGAGCAUACCUUGUAGACUGGGUGGCUUCCUCCCUCUUGUGGCUAGCUGCUUGGUACAUCAAGGGACUCCCGCCUUUCGAACGCGAUUUUAGCACAAAGGAUGACCUCAUUGACCAUAAGCACCGACCGAACCAGAUCAGCGGCGGAGUGAACUGGCUUAUCGCCUUCAUAGUACCCAUUGUCAUCAGCGUCUUGUGGGGAAUUGUGCGCCGUUCCGCCCUCGAGGUACACCAUGGCGUCCUGGCGAUAUACUCUGGAAGAGGCCUGACUGUCUUCAUCACCGAGGCACUGAAAAACAGAGUGGGUCGCCUCCGGCCCGACUUCCUCCACCGCUGCAAAUGGGACAAGGAGCUCAAAGCGUGCACAGGGGAACUCGAGAAGGUCAUGGACGGCCGCAGGUCCUUCCCCUCGGGCCACGCCUCCACCGCGUUCGCAGGCAUGACCUUCCUCGCGCUCUACCUCGCCGGCCUGACGGGGGCCUGGCGCCUCGCGCAGCCCGCCCAAGGGGGCUCCCUGCUUCGCAGCAAACUCGCGCGGCUCGUGCUCACGCUCCUUCCCCUGGGCUUUGCGACAUGGGUCGCCGUCUCCCGCGUGGAAGACUACAGACACCAUAAAGAAGACGUGAUUGUUGGGAGCUUGCUGGGGGUCGUUUGCGCGACGAUAUGCUACCUCAUCUACUGGCCGAACCCGUUCGCGCCCUCGCAAGCCUUUACCGCUCGUGCGGUCUACGGCGGUGCGGAUGCGGACUCGGAUCGCGUCCGUAUGCCCAACCCGCAGAGAUACGGGUAUGAACUGACUGGGUUGAACGAAGAACAUGCAGAGCAGAGUGUAUGAUUGUCAAUGAGCG